AUGAUAGAAGAAAACCAAUCCUCUACCCUGGAUUUCAUUCUUUUAGGAGUUACUGGACAACAGGAACAAGAAGAAAUCUUCUCCAUCCUUUUCCUGUUCAUUUAUCCCAUCACAUUGAUUGGAAACCUCCUCAUCAUCUUGGCCAUUCGCUCAGACAUUCGGCUUCACAAUCCCAUGUAUUUUUUCCUUGCCAAUCUUUCUUUUGUUGACAUUUUCUUCUCCUCUGUAACCAUCCCUAAGAUGCUGGCUAACCAUCUUUUGAACACAAAAACUAUUUCCUUUGGGGGAUGUCUAACACAAAUGUAUUUUAUGAUUGGCUUGGGGAACACAGACAGCUACAUCUUGGCUGCAAUGGCGUACGAUCGUGCUGUGGCCAUCAGCCGCCCACUCCAUUACACAACAAUUAUGAGUCCAAAGUCUUGCGUUCUGUUAGUUGUUGGAUCUUGGGUGGUUGGAAACAGUAAUGCCCUCCCCCACACUCUGCUCACAGCUAGACUGUCUUUCUGUCGAAACCGGGAGGUAGCUAACUUCUACUGUGAUAUUACUCCUUUACUCAAAUUGUCUUGUUCUGACAUCACAUUUAAUGUAAAGAUGAUGUACCUAGGGGUUGGUGUGUUCUCUGUGCCCUUAAUAUGCAUCAUAAUAUCCUAUGUCCGGGUCUUUUCCACAGUCUUACGGGUCCCGUCCACCAAGGGUGUACUCAAAGCCUUUUCGACCUGUGGUUCCCACCUCACAGUUGUAUCUUUGUAUUAUGGGACUGUUAUGGGCAUGUAUUUCCGCCCUUUGACUAGUUACAGCUUAAAAGAUGCUGUGAUAACGGUAAUGUACAUGGCAGUAACCCCAAUGUUAAAUCCAUUCAUCUAUAGCCUGAGAAACCGAGACAUGAAGGCCGCCCUGAGAAAACUCUUCAGUAGGAGAAUCUCCUCGUAA